AUGUCUAAAAAAGAUGAAUUGGUGGAUGUUGUCACCAAAGGGCUCUCUAAUGGUCGCUUUGUAUGACUUAAACACAUGCUUAACAUGGUGGAUCACAUGAGCUUGAGGGGCUAUGUAAACCAUCUACCUUCCCCUUGAGAAAUGGUCACAUCCUGGACCACCUCUCAAGGGAGAGACACUCGGAAGGUUUUUCCUUGACCAUUUCGCAUUAAGUGGACACCUAACCUUCCCCAUUUAGCAUCUGUUUAUAAUUCUAGAGGCCUCUGAAACUCUUAUAAAAGGAGAAUCCCAAAGCCUCUUCUAACCUCAAGUAUCAAUGGAUCUUAGACCAUAAAAGGCCAUUAUUCUCCGCUCUAUUAUUCCUUUGUAUUACCUUCUUCUCUCAAUAUUUUUUUCCUACAUAUUAUUCCUCUGUUACCUUCUCUCAAUAUUAUUCCUCUCUCUCUCUCUCUCUCGUUCAUUUUUCUAUUAACUCUUUCUAUCUCUAUCUUUCUCAGAAGAAACCCUAGAAAAAGAAGGAGAAGAAAGCCUAGAAGAAGAUGAUGAUGAUGAGGAGGAGGAGGAGAAGGAGGAGGCAUGACCUGGAUCCAGCGGUUGCAGAGCUCCUCGGUGGUGUUACCGGAGAAGCCACAGAUGUCGGCGCCGACCAUGGGGAUCCCGAAGAGGCCGGAGUUGAGGACGGAGGGGAUGGAGUAGGCGAGGUCGUUCCAGGUGGCGGCGUUGUCCCCGGUCCAGUGGGCGGCGUACUUACCUGAUCCCACAAAGGUGGACCUCGACAGCACGAAGGGCCGCCGGCCGGUGAGGGCUGCCAGUGCGUCCCUCGUGGCCCUUGCCUGCAGGAGACCGUAGAGGUUGUGGACGUCGUACUCGGUGAGGUUCCCGAAGUGGGUCGCCGUCGCCGGCACCGUCUUGUUGUUGAUCGGGCGGCGGACGCCGGAGUUGUUGAUCCGGUACGGCGGGUCGUCGAGGAGGGAGUUGGGGACGGGGUCGGCGGUCACGAAGUUGGAGAUCUCGUUCAUGUCGAUCCAGAGGCCGUCGAAGGGGAGGGUCCGGUGGAAGAUGUCGAUCUCCUCCGCCCAGAACUUGGCCGCCGCCGGGUGGAGGAAGUCCGGGAAGAACACCGCCCCCGGCCACACCUCCCCACGGUACCAGUCGCCGCCGCGCUUGAUGAAGAUCCCCGCCUCCAGCCCCCUCCGAUAGGUCUCGUACGUCUCAUUGAUGCUGAUCCCUGGCAAGCAGAUCCUCCCCAGGAUUAA